GCCGACCCCAGCGUUGAACACAGACAGCUUUGUUGAUGGAAAUAACGAGCAUGUCGCCAAAGCUGGCGCAGCUUCUUUGGCCCUUGCUCUGGGCUUUGGCCUACGUCCGGAGUGAAGAGGUGCAACGUGGGCAGGGUAGUCCAGCCUCGAGUGACCGGGGAAAGGCCUUCCUACUGUGUAAGGCUGCCCUAUGGCGCAAGUGGUCCGAGCGUGGCCCUGAAGAGGUGAGCGCCCUGGUGAAGAGCACCAUGCAGGGCAGAGAGGAGCUCUCCUACGAACAGACCGCCCGCAUGCUGGCCGAACGGCAGCUGGCGCAGUGUGCCCGGGAGGUGACAUCUGCCGAUCUUGAAGCUCAUGCGGCUGGUCGCUUGAGCGACGCUGUGGUAGAUCGGCUGGUGGCGAUCGAAGGCUCUGAGCCCACUCUGAGCGCGGAGGACCGUGAGCAGUUUGAGGCGGCCGGCAGCGGCUCCUCCGAGGGGCCUUCCAUCCUGGGAGUCCAGGUGCAUCGCAUCCCAGUGGGGUUGCAGCUCCUCUAUAUGAUCUUGGUCGUGGUCGCCGUGAGCUACGUUGUGUUCAUGGUCGUCCGACAGCUGACGGCUCGCGACAAGGCCAAAGCAGUCAAAGCAGAGGAGAAGAAGAAGGAAAAGGAAGGGAAGAAGAAGUGAAGUCGCGAAGUCGUAGAGCAGGAGGAAGUCGGAAUUGGCUUCCUGUUGAUGGAAGAGAUCCUGAAAAGCCACAGAUAUGAAGGUACAUGAGGUACACUCUGAAACAGAAGUGGCCUCUAACAGGAGGC